GCGCCGGCUCCGACCGAAGAAGACCAGAAACCUCUUGUCAUCCAAGGGAGCGGAGCCGGGGAGCCGCCGCCCGUUUCCGUUUCCGUUGCCGUGGGGAGGAGUUCUUCCCCCGACCCCGACUCCCCGAGCUCCGAGCGAAGAUCACCGAGAAGGAAAACCUAAUCCUUUCCGUUCCCGGCGCCCCUUUGCGUGCCGUCGUAUAUAGCAGCCGAAUAGAGAGGGGGGCGAGGAGAGAUCAGGAGAACCCAAACCACGUCGUCAACCCUAUCUAUUCUUUAUUCGAUUCGACUGGACUCUUCUCUUCUCGCCAAGAAGGAAGACGAACGAACAAAAUCCGAUCCCUUUCUGGUAAAUCCAUCAUGGCAGCGGCAGGAGCAGCGCUCCUUCGAUCGGUGGCAACCAAGAUGGCCCGCGCACCGCCUCGCCUUCCAUCUGCCCUGGAGCGCCAUCGCCGACUCUCAACGAGUUCUAGAUUCUCUACAUCUACUGGUUCUACGCCGCAGCCAGCCAACCAGGGCCCGCAAACUCAUAACCAGGAAGUUCCCAGCAGUCUGUGGUACAGGGCCAUAGUUGCAUUCAACGAAGCUGCAUCCGUUGUAACUUUCUUCCUGCUCGGUGGCAUCGCGUUUAUGCAUUUUAGUGUCAGUCCAGCACUGGACCGCAUGGAGGCUGACUUGGACGCUCAACGUAAAUCAUGGGCCACCAUCAGGGAAGAGAUUAAGAAAAGCCAUGAAAGGACGCGUGCGAUCCUCGUUUCUAAUAAGGAAAGUCAGAUUGAAGUUACAGAUGUUUUUGAAGGCAAAAGGAUUACGGGCAUCGGGACAAAGUAAGAGCAUGUUGCUUAGGUGGCUUAAGGUGAUCAUUGGAAACAAGAGUUCAAACAAUCCUUGAAGGAGGAUGAGGAUGACAAGAAAUGAUAUGGAACUGACAAUGGAGAUCAAAGAAGAGCAACUUAUGUGUGAUUUUUUGUUUUUGUUUAUGAUAAUUGAUUAUCAGAAACAAAAUUGUAUCUUCUUUGUUGAGCGGCGACAAAAAAUGGUCUGUGAUAGCAUCUGUUAGCUUCAGACUGUAAUGAAAAUAGUUUGCAAUAAUCUAGACAUGAUGAAUGAAUCAAGGAAGUAAUAACCUGCACGUGUCGAUUUGAAUGGUU